AUGUAUCGUAAGUAAUGUUUUGUUUAGGCCAUACAUCUUAGCGUAUACGUAAUAAGGUUCAUAUUGAAUAGUCGACGCUACGUCAUUAAACAGAAGGCUAGUGGUCGACAAAUUCGCACGGUUACCUAACUGCACAGGUGGCUCAGCGGCAUAACGCCAGACACACGAUCCGACGGUUGGAAGUUCGAUCCUCAGCGGCGCAGAAUCUUUUUCUAUUUUUUAAGGAUAUUUGAUUUACUUAUAUUAUUGAUACAUGGUAUUCGGCGAGUCAUUCCAGCUCAAGCCUCCGAAAUAUUAGUACGGUUGUUGUGAGAAUAAUGUACCCGUCAUAAAUGAAAUUAUAAAUGUAAAAUUGGAUGGCAAAAUGCAGUAAUGAUUAAAUUACGGAUAUAAUGUUUUGUUUCCUAUGUGUGUGAAAUUGUGGUGAAGGGCCUAUGGACAUGCCCUUCAUGGUUCGGUUAGAUUGCAACCUGAACGUAGCAAUAUAUGUAAAUAAUUAUCACGCUAGCCGGCGCACUUUGGAUUAGCAGGAUUCCCAAACCGGUGGUUUAAACUCCUCUUGGCGCUCAACAUCUAGUUUUAGCUUAGCUUAGUAAUUAGUCUUAGGUACUAGUUUGUAUUUUAAUUAGAAUAAUAUUUUUACUCAAGUUACCGACGUUUUAUGGUUGCACCCAGCUUAAACACACGUAAUAAAUAGCGCCCAACGUUAAAAUAACAGUGUUUGAAGCGGGCAAAACGGCGGUUAGUGAUUUAAAUCUGUUGUGAUUUUAGGGUUACAUUUGGUGAUUUUGGUAUUUGUUAGUUAUUUAGUUAGAUAUUGGUUUUUACUGUAUUAUAUAUUACCUAGUGUUUUGUUUAUUAUUUGGUUAUAUUUUGGUACGUUUGAGUAGUAGGUUAGGUUAUAUAUUUGUAACUGUACCUAUUUGUUAGUUUUAAAAUAUUAUAUUAUAUUAUUAGGAACAUUUUAAAAGUGGUUAAUUGCAACUUAACCGCACGGUUUUUUUCUGCUUCGCUUUUCUGUUUCCUGGUUUGUUAGCAUAUUUGAUAGUUUUUAGUAAGGAUGGAUCCUAAUUAUUUGCUAAAGGAUGAGCUGGAAUACGAGCUGGAAUGUCGUGGUGUUAGUAUUCAGAGUACAGUUCCGGUUUUGAGAAAGAUUUUAAAGGAGUUGAUGCAGGUAGAACAGACAGAGGGUGCGUCGCGGGGUGGUGGAGCUCCGGCCCGGGAGGUCUUGGAUGCCUCGUCAGAGUUAGAUAAGUGUGUUACUAAAUUGAGCGUUUUGGGUAGUUAUAUUUCCGAGAUAGUGGGGAAGCCAGAUAGAACAUUGUUCAGGCGGUUGGUGUCCAGGCUGUAUCAUGUGCAGGGUCGUUUAAUGUCGAUCGUUAAGGUAACGGAAGCAGAGGGUAACCGCAAGGAAACACUUCAGCAGCGAUGUCAGGUACUGCUGGAAAAGUUAGAAGUUCAGGAUGACGUAUUGGAAGAGGACGAUUUAACUGCACAGGAUAUGGAGAUUUUACAGCAAUCGUUAGGUGAAGUAGGGGUCCGGAUUAUAGAAAAACUAAAGCGGGGGAAGGAGUUGGCAGGUGGAUCCACUGAUACUCCAGGGCAAAACGCGGUAGGGGGAGAAAGGGAAACCGGAAUUCAGCAUGUCAAGGGCACUGGGGACAGAAGUGUUAAUAUUUUAACGGAAAAGGGGGAGAGCCUUAGAGAUAGGGGCAUAUCCAGGUUAUUGCGGACAUCAACGGUGGAUGAAGAGGCUCCAAGGCGUAAGCUGGUUCCGAUAUAUCAAUGGGGACUUAAGUUCUCAGGGUCGAACAUGAGUAUCAACGCUUUUCUGGAGCGGGUGUCGGAACUUCGAGUUGCAAGAAAUGCGACGGACGAUGAUUUAAUGGCGGUAUGCGAUAGAUUUUUUUGAGGCAGAUGCUUUGAUUUGGUUCAGGGCCAACAAAGAAUAUGCGAAUGAUUGGGAAGAUUUAGUCGUUUUAUUGAGGCGUGCGUUCCAAAAGCCGUUUUAUCAGGAGGAGUUGAUGGCAGAGAUAAGAGCAAGAACACAGGGUCGUGAAGAGUCGGUUUUGAUUUACAUGGCAGUGAUGCAGAAUAUGUUCAAUAGACUGCCAAUUAAGAUUACAGAGUCUGAAAAAAUAAACAUUUUAUUGAGAAAUAUUCAGCCAUACUACCAACGGGCGGUGUGUAGGGAUAACUUUAGCUCAGUUUCCGAUAUGCUUAAUGUUUUGAGAGUUGUCGAACGGACUAAAAUUAGUUGUGAUAAUUUUGAGGAACCCAAGGCUUUAAAGAACACCCUAGAGCCUGACUUAGCACACAAAGUAGGUAGCAAUGUGGUGGAGGUCCCUGUUGGUCAGAAAAACGUUACAGAAAAGGAGGGGGUAGCAGCGCUGCAGGUCAAACCUGGAGAGGCCACCAGGCGUUGUUGGAAUUGCCGUGAAAGUGGGCAUCUAUUUCGGGAAUGCAAAAUAGAGAGGCAACGACUAUUUUGCUAUAAGUGUGGUCGCUUUGGAACCACAUCGAAGGACUGCAGGUGUAGGGGAAAUGCUUCAGGGGAAAGUCCGAGUCCUGCCCGAUAGACUUACCCCGCUGUAAAAAAAGCUUCGGAGUGGCAGGAGUGGUUAGCCGUUGUUAGGAAAUAUUUUUCGAGAUCAGACGGUCAACUGUGUCCUAUGAUUUUAAAGAAAGAGAAUGACAAUAGGGAUUUUGUUAGAAUAAGUAUUCUUCAAAGACAGUUUGUGGUGAUGUUGGAUAAUGGUGCGAAUCGGACUGUUAUAAAUCCGGCCUUCGCGGAUAUAUUGUCAUCGAUAGGGUUGAGAGGUUAUAAAGUUGAAACAACCCAAAUGAGUACAGCUGAUGGCUCGAUUCAUGAUCUUAAUGUAGUGUACGACAUUCCAGUAACAUUUGAUGGCCAGUUUAAGGUGAUUUCUGCUAAGGUCAUGCCAAUGUUAAGUCAUCAGAUGCUAUUAGGUAAAGAUUUCUUUGAAGAGUUCGGGAUAUCGUUACAGUUUAGGGGAAAUAAAAGUGAAGUAAUGGAUUUAAGUGAUGCGGCUAUGGAUAAACCGGUAAUUAUAUCUAGUGAAGAUUUGACAGUGGAGCAAAAAGAAAAAUUAGAGCAGGUAGUACGACGUAUGCGACUAGAGAUUGGUAAUGGGUUGGGCAGAACAUCGAUAUUAACUCAUAGUAUUGAUACUGGUGAUGCUAAACCAAUCCAUCAGAAGCAAUAUAAUUUUUCGCCAACCGUUAAAGCAGACAUCAUAAAGGAAUUGGAUAAAAUGUUAGCGGAUGAUGUAGUGGAACCAUCUCAUAGUGCAUGGUGUUCACCAGUACUCAUUGUUAAAAAGCCAAAUGGAGAUAACAGGUUGUGUCUUGAUAGUAGACAGUUAAAUCGGGUAACUAAGCGGGAUACGUAUCCAUUGCCUCGUGUAACGAAUGUAUUAGAUAGUCUACGCAAUGCUAGGUUUUUGAGCACUAUUGACUUGCGAUCAGCGUUCUGGCAGAUUCCGUUGGAUGAAGCCAGUAAGGAGAAAACUG